UCCCUAUGUGUAACAUAGCUACUACUACCUUUGUAUUUUCCCUUCCACUAACCCUGGCGGCUGCUCUGCUUCUUUCCCCUCCCAAGGUCUGUGCCUCUCCAUUGAAUCCAAAUGGCACCGAAGAAGGAUAAGGCACCACCUCCGUCCUCUAAGCCAGCCAAGUCUGGCGGAGGGAAGCAGAAGAAGAAGAAAUGGAGCAAGGGUAAGCAAAAGGAGAAGGUGAACAACAUGGUUUUGUUUGACCAGGCAACAUAUGACAAACUUCUUUCCGAGGUUCCAAAGUACAAGCUUGUUACUCCUUCAAUCCUGUCUGACAGAUUGAGGAUCAAUGGAUCAUUGGCACGUAGGGCAAUUAAGGAUUUGAUGGCAAGAGGUUCCAUCAGGAUAAUUUCUGCUCAUGCCAGCCAGCAGAUAUACACAAGAGCCACCAAUACCUAGAUGAGGGGAAACUGAACUAUCAAUCUGUCUUCUAUGGAUGAUAGUUGCUGUUUUUGUUAGGGAACUAGUGCCUUUCUUAUGAACUGUUAUUUACAUCUUUAUUUUUUCCGAAAUACAUUUUUGCUCAUAAUUUAAUGAGAAGUUUAUUCUAUCAUUGAGUGUUU